AUUUUUGGAAAAACAUUCUAUUGACUUCCAUGAACAAUAGUGGGAAGCCCAAAAUGGGUUUUCUCAUUCUCCUUCUCCUCCUCUUCUUCCUUUGUUUCUCGAUUCCAUCUGAAACUAAAUCUGAUUAUCUCGAAACCAGUGAAAACAUUGAAGGCAGGAAAGUCAAUUAUAGAACUUUCAUAGAUUUGAAAGGUGGCCCAGAUUCUGUAAUCUGGGUGGUUCAGCUUUCUGAUCUUCAUUUCAGUGUUUUCCAUCCUGAAAGAGCACUUGAUUUUCAGAGACUCGUAGGCCCUGCUCUUGCCAUGAUAAAUCCAUCUCUUGUUCUGUUAACUGGUGAUCUAACAGAUAGUAAGAGUAAAGAUCUAUUAACAACGAAACAAUAUAAAGAGGAGUGGGUUGAAUACCACAAGGUUAUGGAAAAUGUUGUUGAAAGGAGUGGACUUGACAAGAAUAUCUUUUAUGAUCUUAGAGGAAAUCAUGAUAAGUAUGGUGUACCAGUUGUUGGUGGCUCAUUGGAUUUCUUCCAAAAUUAUAGUAUCAGCGGACAGCUAGGAAGAAGUGGGAAUGUUCACAGCAUCACUAUACAGAGUGGUGGACGAAAGCAUCUCUUUGUUGGGCUUGAUAGUACAAUGUCUAUUGGUUUAUGUGGCCCAACCAAUCUUUUUGGGCAUCCAACAGACGAACUACUAGCCGACAUAGAUAUUGAGCUCUCACAGUGGGAUUCUCAAUCAACAAAAGGGUUAACAAAGAUGUCAUUCGGGCACUUUCCACUUUCACUCUCAGCAUCCACAGAAUCUGGGAAGAGUCUGAAAGAUGUUUUCCUCAAACAUUCCUUGUCAGCAUAUGUAUGUGGACAUCUUCAUACAAAGUUUGGUGAGAAUUUGAAGCGGCAUCAUCAGUCAGAUAACCGUUUCUUGUCAUCAGAGAAAUAUUUCCAGCUAAAUAUCCACCAAACACAUCAACGAAGUACCACAUUUCAAAAAGAUUGUUCUGAUGGAGCCCCAGGGAUCAACGAAUUCUGGGAGUGGGAGAUGGGUGACUGGAGGAAGAGCAGGGUAAUGCGAGUGUUGGCCAUUGAUGCAGGUCAUGUUUCAUUUGUUGAUAUUGAUUUUAAGACGGGAGCAAAGAAAAUUAUAAUACUGCCUACAUUUCCAUUAGACUCACGCUUCAUGUUAACAGCUUCAUCUCUCCAUGAGUAUAGUUGUUCAACAGACCAAUCAUCUUUUGAGACUGUCCGAGCUUUGGUAUUCUCAUCUCUGCCAAUUGUGUCGGUAGUGGCAAGAGUCUUUGACUCUAGGCUAGGAAAUCUUGAUAUGGUCAUGGAAGCAACUAUGAGAAAGCAUGAGAACUCUAGCAGAGGAGAUCUCUACACUAUCCCAUGGAACUGGAGAGCCUUUCAUGACCCGUCUCCUGAUCGAUUCUGGGUGCAAAUAGAAGCAACUGAUAUAAUGGGAAGAUCAACAUUAAGCGAGUUAAGGCCAUUCUCCAUUAUUGGUCUGACCACAAAACUUAGUUGGAAUUGGAUGGAGUUUCUCGUUAUGGGUUGUCAAUGGGAUGUUUUGUAUUUCCCAAUUCUGUGGUUUAUUCUUUUGUUUAUCCUUUCCAUGCUUCUUAUUCCCAAAGCACUUUUCAUAUGUUCAAAGACGCAAUACACAUAUAUGAAUUUCAUUGUUCAAAAAGGCUUCAUACGCGGUAUUUUAUGGGUUCUAGCAGAGUUCUGUAGGAUCUCUUUGCUGUGGUCUGCUAUGUUGGUGUACUUGUUCUACCUGAUAUUCUUCCCUUGGUGUUUUGGGAAAGUUUUCAAUAGAAGUGGAGAUAGGGGAUACUUGACCUACAAGGGUUGGAUUGUGAAUAUACCUGGUGAAAGGAGUAGACAAGUUUAUAUUGGACAUCCGGACAUAAUGGUAGUUAUUUUACCUCAUCUCUUUUUUGUAGUCUUGCCAGCUGUUUUGGUUAUGGCAGCUUUUGCUGCCGAAAGAGCAGUUUAUCGGCUUUACUUCUUGUCUCUAUCAGGGAAAAAAGAAGAUGAUUAUACCGAAGAAAGUAGGGGAUCUUUUUAUGGCUAUCAAGGCAAGAAAGGAUCAAAGGUUUUCUUUGGCAUGCGUUUGGUGAGAAAAUUUCUCAUGGUGAUUUGCUUGGUCAUCUUUUGGACACAUUGGAAGCUUUGUAGAAUUCUGACAAAAGCAUAUGAAAUGAACCCAUUUCUUCAUUGCCCGGGAUAUUGCCUGCCAAUUCCACUCUUUUUGGCUUAUGCAGUGUACAAGACUAGGAGAGUCUGAUGAGUAGCUCUGAAGACCAGGAAGUUCAAUGAUUAGCUCUAAGGUAAGAUAUCCUAUCUCUGAGCUAAUGCAGGAAGGUUACUGACGGGAAGAGGUUAUGUACAUGUGUACGUUAGGCUUAAAUAGUUCUCAUCAGUCUCAGAUGAAAUAUGAUAAAGAAAUGCAACAUAUGGAGGUUUAAAAUAUGGAGGAAGAAAUGCAUAGUUUGGACAUCUUGACCAUGCAAUGGCAUAGUGGGAUGAGAGUGAUAAAUGCAACACACCCUUGUGUUCAAGCCACUAAUCAGAAGCAUAUUGAGUUGCUGAACUCAGGACCUCUCUUACUUCUGAAAAAGAGGUGAAUAGUGAAGUACCAGGUACAAGGUAUUUAGAAACUGAUGUCAGAACUACUUCAUUGUACUACAUUUCUAACUUUAUUAAAUGAGAAAUGGCAAAAGAAUUGGAUUCUUUGUGU